AUGAAUUUUGACCAGUUGCUGGCCGCGGUUGGCGGCUUUGGGAAGUAUCAAAAGGUUCUGUAUGUGUGGAUCUGUUUGCCCCAAAUCUUCCUCGCAUUCCAUAUGAUGGCGAGUGUGUUCACCGGCGCCACGCCGCCGCACCGUUGCCGAGGCGCGGGUUCUGAGGACUGGACUGUCAGCGGUAAUAUGUCCGGUGUUGUGGCCGCUGUCAACCUCAGCAUCUCGGUCGUCCCGGGCUACGCUGACGUUUGCAGCAUCAGUUCUUCCGAAAACAAGAGUUUACGGACCAGCUGCGAGAACGGAUGGGUGUACAGCCAAGAGGUGUUUGAGAGUACCACGGUUACUGAGUGGGAUCUUGUGUGUAGCAGGGCAGGUCUGAAUAGUCUGGGAUCUUCCAUUUAUAUGCUGGGACUACUUGUGGGAGCUGUGGUGUUUGGAGCUAUGGCUGACAGAUACGGGCGUAGGUUUGCCAUGCUUCUGUCCCUAGCCCUUCAAGCAGUGUUUGGUGUUGCUGCUGCUUUUGCUCCAAACUUCCCUGUUUAUGUGACCCUGCGCUUUGUGGUCGGGGCGACUGUGUCAGGAGUCAUCAUCAAUGCCUUUGUGCUGGGUACAGAAUGGACAUGUACCCAGCGGCGGAUGCUGGCGGGGAUCUUCACCGAUUUUUUUUUUGGGUUCGGCUACAUGCUCCUGGCGGGUGUGGCCUUUCUGGUCAGAGACUGGAGAAAGCUACAGUUAGCUAUAUCUGCUCCAGGGUUCCUCUUCAUCUUCUAUAUAUGGGUUCUUCCUCACUCAGCCCGUUGGCUGAUAGUAAAUGACCGGAGAGACGAGGCCAUUGUUCUCCUGCGCAAAGCUGCUAUGAUCAAUGGCCGUACUUUUCCUCCCGCUGUACAGGUGGAGAGAUGUGAGGCGUCUGAGGGGCGGAGCCAACACUCGGCCAGCGAUCUCGUCCGCACGCCCCAAAUGAGGAAGAGAGCGCUUAUACUCUUCUACAUUUGGUUUGUGAAUGUGUUGGUGUACUAUGGUCUGUCUCUAGGUGUUUCGGACCUUGGGGCAGAUCUGUACCUGACUCAGUUUAUGUUUGGACUGGUGGAGAUCCCUGCCAGGUCACUGGUUUUGCUCUUUCUCCCCUGCAGCCGGAGAAUCCCACAGAGCGCUUUCCUCGCUCUGGGGGGCGGAGCCUGCCUCCUCACGCUCGCGGUUCCAGCAGAUAAUCCUCAUGUACGGACAGCCCUGGCCAUGGUGGGGAAGUUUGGAAUCACCGCUUCCUUCGCCAUCAUCUACAUAUACUCUGCAGAGCUCUUCCCAACAGUGCUCAGGCAGACAGGUAUAGGUGUAUCCUCCAUGUUUGCACGAAUGGGAGGGGUUUUAGCCCCACUGAUAAAUCUGAUUGGACACCACGCUCCAGUGGUACCCAUGCUCAUUUUUGGCUCCACCCCCUUGCUGGGAGCAGCUCUUGCCCUGGCUCUACCUGAGACUGCUAAUGAGCCCCUACCGGAUACCGUCGAAGAUACAGAGAGGUACACACAAGCUCAGACAUCUCAGAAGUGCAGUGGAGAACUGUCAGGUGACACUAACCCAAUGCAGAGCAGCCCAGAGGGUCAGGAACUGCAGAGUCUGGCUACUGAGUCAUGA